UCUAUCUCUUUCACAAAAUCUAGCCACCAUCUUCUCUCAUUUCAAUACUCCACUUAUUACUAAAAUAUGUAUGAAUUGCAACAAUUUCAACUUCAUCAUCAGAAUAAUCAGAUGACAAUGAACAUGGAUCAUAUGAUGAUGAAGAAAAGGACAACAAAAAAAUUAACGGAGGAAGAGAGGGUUCAUGUUGUGGAUUUGAAUGGCAUGUCUUUGGAUUCACUUCCUCCUAAACUUUCUAUUGAUUUAGGUAUCAUUUGCACGCUAGACUUAUCUAACAACAACCUCCAGAAUAUUCCGGAGUCGUUAACGGCGAGAUUAUUGAACUUGGAGAAGUUGGAUGUGCACUCGAAUCGCCUCAGAUCACUCCCCAAUUCCAUUGGAUGUCUCUCUAAACUCAAACUUUUGAAUGUCUCUGCCAACUUCAUCCAAUCUCUCCCCGCAACCAUUGAGAAUUGCAGAGCAUUAGAAGAGCUGAAUGUCAACUUCAACAAGUUGAGCAAGCUUCCAGACACAAUAGGCUUUGAGCUCAUAAGACUUAAGAAGCUCGCAGUUAACUCGAACAAACUAGUUUUUCUUCCUAGCUCCACCUCUCACCUAAUGGCUCUGAAGGUUCUCGACGCACGCCUAAACUGUCUUAGAGCUCUCCCAGAAAAUCUUGAGAACCUCAUCAAUCUUGAGACUUUGAAUGUGAGUCAAAAUUUCCAGUACUUGGAAUCAUUACCCUACUCGAUAGGGCUCCUCUUGUCCUUGGUCGAACUGGACAUUAGCUACAACAAUAUCAAAACAUUGCCCAACUCCAUUGGGUGCCUCAAGAAACUCCAAAAGUUAAGUGUGGAGGGAAAUCCACUCAGUUCACCUCCACCAGAAGUGGUGGAGCAAGGAUUGCAUGUGGUGAAGGAGUACAUGUGCAACAAAAUGAACUCAAGCGAAAAUAUUACAUCCAAGAAAGGAUGGUGGAUCGGGAAGUUGGUUAAAUGUGGUACCUUCAAUGGACACAUGAAAAGUGGGAAACGAUUAGAACAUAAGGGUUUCAGCAUGCUUCAGUAUCAACCCAUGAAUGGUCUUGCUUCACCAGGGUUCAUGGGAAAGUUGUCACCUUUUCGCCUCUUCUCACCCUUUUCACCACGUCGUUCCUUCGGCUGAGAGAAGCCACGGAAUAUUUAUGUAAAUUUUGUCUACAAUUGUUGUCUGUUAAAUAGUUUUGAAAGAUGUGUCAUUUUUGAAUUUCAACAAUCAGGACAUGGCAACUGUAAAUGGGAAUAAUUGCUUGUUAGACUGAUGUAUGCAGAAAUAUUGUACGUGUAUCAUGGAUUUGAAAAUUGUGGACCUGUUCAUGUAAAGCUUCUUCAAUUGAUGUAAACUAAUGGUUCAUAAAUUACUUUUUUUACAGUUC